AAAAUGAUCAAUCUAUUAAACUAUAAAUUCUGAUUGUUAUCAAACUUUGGAAAUAAUCCAUAUCAUAAGAAUAUAAUUUCUGAACGAUAUCGGAAUUGAACGGUCCGAUGUGAGAUAUAAAAGUUUUAGCAAACCUGUUGGAAAACGAGUUUUGAUUGCACAAUUUUAUUCAUUUCAACGAUCGGACAUUCAUUUGUUCUAUGAUUGACACGUAAUUUUGAAGGUAUGUUACGAUUGAUUUAGGUUCAUGAUCAAGGUGGCACAAAAAUGGGUUUAUUUUUGUUGGUGAUUUUCUCGCUAUCUCUCCCUUGUCUCCAUGCCACUUCUCAACCAAUUGUGUCUGAAGAGUCUGAUUUCGAAUGCGUUGAUAUCUACAAUCAACCGGCUUUUCGACAUCCGUUGUUAAAAAAUCACAAAAUUCAGACGAAAUAUCAUACGACGAGCAUAGAUGUUAAUAAAGAAAAUACUCAGUCGAGUUUUUUCAGUAAACUGGAAGCUCUUUGCCCCGAAGGACAAGUACCGAUUCACAAAUCAAAUUUCGAAAAUCAGAGUUACCGUACAAUGUCAUCCAAAAUAUUAGGUCACCAUUUUGCGGUGCUCGAGACCAGAGAGGAUAGCAAGACGCUUUACAAAGGAGCAAGCGCGGUCAUGAGCAUACACGCGCCGCGCGUGCCUGAAAAAUACAUGUUCAGUCGAGGUUCUUUGUGGGUCGAAAGUGGGCCCACCGACGAACUCAACAGUAUCCAAUUUGGCUGGGCCUCUCAACCGGUAAUAUACAAAGACGAUCGUCCGAGAUUGACCGCGUUCUGGACGGCGGAUGGUUAUAAGCAGAAAGGGUGUUACAAUGAAAUAUGCCCCGGUUUUGUUCAAACGCAUAAGACCAUUUACGUCGGAAUGAGGUUAUAUUGGGAUUACAUUCCUGUACGGUUCAGUAUCGUUCAGGACGGUGGCGUGAGAGGGAACUGGCUCCUGGUAUGCGAGAACCAGACGGUUGGUUACUGGCCGAAUGAACUGUUCACGCAUCUGAAAGAUGGAGCCACGUCUCUUACAUACGGAGGUAACGUGGGCCAGUCGCCCAACGGAGCGCUUCCGGCCAUGGGGAACGGCACUUUUCCGCCCGACAGAGCGGCCGACUACAAGAAGAGCGCCUUCUUCGCGCACUGCGAAUACUCGACCGAGCAAUCGAACGGGAUGGUCAGCAUAGACAGCGCUCAAAUGAAAGUUGUCACCGAUCUCCCCUCUUGUUACAAGAUCAACUAUUUCCAAAACCAGGUCCCUGAGAUGGGACAAAUGUUUGCGUACGGUGGAGAUUGUGGCAAGUGAAUUCGGUGACUAUAUGGAUCUGUUUCAUUAAUUAUAAUCUCUAUAAUAAUAUAUAAUAUCAUUGGUGUAUA